CCAACUCGAGAUUUCCAUGCACAUGGUUUUGUGUAGUAGAUGUAAGAAUGGAGAUCAUGUGAAAUGUGUAUAGUCUGCGACCUUCGCACUGGGACUUUAACCUGCACGCUGGAUUGUAUUCCUCUGUUGGUGUGUGUUGGAAACACGCCAGUGUGAGCGGCGGAGUCUCAGUGACUACACAGGAAAAAGCGCUGAUCCUGUACAACUUCUGUACAACAAGUGUACUGACUCGGCUACGUGCUUCUGAUAGCUAGCACUGUUCUCCAGCCAUGAAAAGUCUGAAACAGAGACUGAAGAAAUACGAAGCGUCAAACAGCACGACAGACUGGAACAAGUAUGAUGAGCGUCUGUUGAAAGCAGUGGAGGAUGAUGAUGUGCAAAAAGUCACCAGCACACUCAGGAAAGGAGCAGUCGCCACUAAACUGGACGCCGAGGGCCGUUCUUCGCUUCACCUCGCAGCAAGCAAUGGCCUUAUAAAUAGCCUCAAUGUUUUCCUUGCCCACGGUGUCAACCUACGCACAGCAGAUGCUGCUGGUAAAACAGCAUUGCAUCUUUCUUCAAGAGGUGGGCAUUCUGCCUGCGUGCAGCGACUGGUGCAGUGUAAAAGUCCUGUAGACAGCACAGAUCUGCAUGGGAGGACAGCUUUACACGAAGCAGCUUUUGCAGGACACACUACAAUAAUCAAAAUGCUGUGUGGCAGCGGUGCAGCGGUCAAUUCUGUCGACAAGGAUGAUCGUACUCCUUUGAUAAUAGCAGCACAGAUGGGUCACAGCCGAGCUUGUCAACAACUUUUAAACUGUGGAGCUUCUGUCAAUCUGCGAGACAAGCAAAAUAAGACCGCCCUCAUCUUGGCCUGUGAGCAUGGUUAUCGUGAAGUAGUGGAGGUCUUGCUGAAGCAUAAGCCAGAUGUCACUGCUGUAGACCUGCAUGGCCAUGACUUAUGCCACUAUGCCCGGCUUAGUGGAGACCAAGCCUUGAUCGUGAUGAUCAAACAAGCGUGGGAUGCAGCCAGCAAAGAGGCUUCUAAGACCGGUCCAAAGUUACAGCAGCAGAGGUCAGUGAAUAAUGAAACUCAUGCACUUGUGAGGAAGAAGAGUGUGCAGGCUCCUGAUAAAGGCCAGUUUUCAGGUGUCAGCUUUCCUAACACGGUUUCACCACAGCAGCGUACAAACGAAUAUGGCAGCCACUCAGACAUUGGAAAAGAAAACCUGCAGAGUUAUCAUGUGGAUUAUGCACAAGUUCGACAUCAUGCCCCUCAUUCAGCAGCUCCUGUCUCAUUCAAAUCAAAGGAGGUGCUGGCUGGUGAAACUGAGCUCCUUAAGAGGGAGCUGUGGGAGAUGAGGAGGAGGCAUAAUGCUGUCCAGGACGAGCUGCUCAGGUUGGAUGCAGCUCUGGUCAUGCGCACUCAGGACUAUGAGGAACUGAGGAGGAGCAGUGAGCGAGCAUUACAGCAGGCUCAUAGUCGCGCUUGGGAGCUGGAGGAGGCGCUGGGGGAGGUGCAGCGUAGAAUGGCUGGGUCGGAGGCCAGGGUGAGGCAAAUGCAGGGACAUUUGGUAGCCAUGCGUGAGAACCUAGUGGAGGAGCUGAGAGUGCAACUGCUUGAGACCAGAGCAGAGCUACAUCAAGCACACGAGGAGCUUGGCCAAAGCAAGAAAGAAGCUGAGGAGCAAAAAGAGAGGAAUGACAAGCUCCUGCAGGAGGUACACAAACUCACUGAGGAGCUGCUGAAGAAAGAGGACACAAAUGCACUGCAGGCAAGGUUGGCAGGUCAGGAGGCUCAAAGAAAUGAAAUGGCUUGCAAGGAAACACAAACCCCUUCGGAAUGGAAGCCUUGUUCUCCAAAAACCACCAUGACAGAUCUUACGAUUGAGAUCCUUCAGCGAGAGAUGGAUAGGAAGAGCUACAUCAGCCUAGAAGAGCAUGAGUCUGUAAGAAGCUCACUCAGUAAUGCACUUCAACAGGCACAAAGCCAGGUUCAGGAAGCACUGCUGAGGCAGCAGAAAACCAAUGAGGAAAAUCAGAGUCUCAUUAGAGAACUACAUGAGCAGAAGACAGAGCUGGACACCUUGCAGGAGGCCCUUCAGGCCCGGUUUGUGCCAGUGGCAAUGCUGGAGAUGAAGGAGAAUGAAGUAGCUCAGCUUAGGCUGGCACUAACGGAGAUGGAGAAGAGCAAGGAGAGGGAGGAGGAAAGCAAGACGGCAAGUUGUGCUGAAUCACAAAAGCAGACUCAGGCUGAGCAAACAUCACAGAGCAAUAAAGACACACAGACUGAGGGAACUCUGGGGGAAAAUUCUACCACCACCUCUAUCAACUGUAAGGAGGAGAACAUGCUAUUAAAUGCUACUGAAGGAAAAAAUAAGGAUUCAGAUAUAAUAGUGGAGACUGAAGGCCAGAGGGCAGCUCAGAACAGCUCAUCAACUCCCAGCAGUGUCUGUAACCUUGUGCACUCAGACUGCACCAUCCUGCAGGCACAUAUUAACAGCCUACAGCAACAGCUAGAGGAGCCUAUCUCAGGCGUCAUUGGGCAGGAUACACCCUGGACGGAGUGCCAACCCAUCGCAGGGCACACACACUCUCUCAUUCACUCACGCGAUCACACACUACGGACAUUUUUCCAGAGAUGCCAAUCAACCUACCAUGCAUGUCUUUGGACCAGGGGAGGAAACCGGAGUACCCGGAGGAAACCCCCGAGACCUCCGAAAGACAUUACAGGCAGGUUCUUGGUAUCUAUCGUUCACGUCUUCUCAGUGCAGCACAGGGCUACAUGGAUGAAGAGGCCAGAUUGGCACUGCUUCAGAUUGCCCAAAUGAGACAAGAGUGUGUACAUUGAUCAUUGUCUGUUUCUGUUGGACUGUCUACAUUAUUCUCUCUCUUUCUGAGUGUGUGUGUGCAUGCAUGCAUGUGUGUGUGUGUGUGUGUGUGUGUGUGAGAGAGAGAGGUGUAAGUGUAUUUCUGAUGUAAUUAGGAUUGGAAGUAGAUUUGAAAUCUAUUUUAAGCUAUGUAUGUGCCUUUUAUAAAAUAUUAUUUAAAUAUAUAAAAUAACAAUUAUUUUAUAUAAUGUAUAAUAUGUACAGGUUGCUAACUGUUCUUUAAUAAACAGAAAUUGAUUGAUUUA